CCACUAAAGUCAGGGGUGAGAGUUGAUGUUGUUGGCGGCUGCACUUCCGGUGGAAGAUGGCUGAAGCUGAGCAGCAGGCGGGCUCAUCACCUGAAGAUGAAAUUCCAGGCCCUCAAAGUUUUGCUGUACCCAAGAAGGAAAUCAACAUGGUGCCUGAUAUGGGAAAGUGGAAACGCUCUCAGGCUUAUGCAGAUUACAUGGGAUUCAUUCUGACUCUGAAUGAAGGUGUGAAAGGCAAAAAACUGACAUGUGAAUAUAAGGUGUCUGAGAACAUUAAGAAACUUGUGGCUCUUCUUGACAAGUUGGACCGGUGGAUAGACGAGACUCCGCCUGUGGACCAGCCAUCAAGAUUUGGAAAUAAAGCCUUCCGAAUAUGGUAUGCAAAACUUGAACAGGAAGCUGAGAAUCUUGUGAGUCCAAUCAUCCCAGAUGAGCUCAAAGCAGCGAUCCCUGAGGUGUCUGUGUACCUGAAGGAGGCAGUGGGAAACUCUAUAAGAAUUGACUACGGGACAGGUCAUGAAGCUGCCUUUGCAGCUUUCUUAUGUUGCCUCUGCAAAAUUGGGGUGCUAAGAGUGGAUGACCAGCUCAGCAUUGUUUUCAAAGUGUUCGACAGGUAUCUCCAGGUGAUGCGCAAGUUACAAAAGACUUACCGAAUGGAGCCGGCCGGAAGCCAGGGAGUGUGGGGCCUCGAUGACUUUCAGUUCCUGCCUUUCAUCUGGGGCAGCUCCCAGCUCGUAGACCACCCAACGCUGGAGCCAAGACACUUUGUUGAUGAGAAGAGCGUAAAUGAGAACCACAGCGAUUACAUGUUUCUAGACUGCAUCAGGUUCAUUAAUGAGAUGAAAACGGGUCCAUUUGCAGAGCACUCCAACCAACUGUGGAACAUCAGUGCAGUCCCAACCUGGUCCAAAGUCAAUCAAGGACUCAUCCGAAUGUACAAAGCCGAGUGUCUUGAAAAGUUCCCAGUUAUCCAGCACUUCAAGUUUGGCAGUCUCCUUUCCAUUCAGCCAGUCAAGCCCUGAGAAGCAGCACCUUUAAACUGAAAGACAUGGGGGCAUAAAAAAGCAAAAAAAAAAAAAAAAUGUCGCAACAGCACCUGACCCGUUUGGAGAAAAUGUUUUUUCACAUCAAAUCCCCGGCAUUUUCAGUAAGAGCCUUUCGGUGGGAUUAAGUCGUUAUUCUUCUGGACCCGCAAUAUCUGUGACUCCCCUAUUUCUGUGCACACACACACACACUCUCCAUUGCGUGAAGCCAGCACUCAUCCCAGAAACAGGUUACUUGGCCCCCCGAGGGAUUUUUUUUUUUUUGGUCUGUAUACCAUGGCAGACAUAUGUAGGUUAUAACUACUGGUUGUUUGAAUCGUGGUGUCCUCCAUCCUGCAGACUAAAACCACAAGUGCAGCCAAACAGAUUUAGAAAAAUGACAACUAGUGUGAGGGAAGGGGGACACUUCAGCUGCUGGUUUUCAUUUCUAGAGGAAUACUGUAACCUUUACUGUAGUGUACUGUGAAUAUUCUUGAACAUAGUUAUAAAAAAAUGGCUUUUCCAGAGUUUCUCAUUUGUUUGUAAUUACACACCCAGUUGGAUCGUGUGAGCAGUUACAAAUCCCUCGUAUAACCGACAUUAUCUAAUCCAGCAGGCUUUUCUGCACACCCCACUUAAAUCUCACCUUAUGUAGUAGCCCCCUCUAGAUGGGACAGCCAGAUGUUCUGUGAAGCUGAGUUUGUCAGUUUGAAAUCGAAGUUUUGCAAAGCACUCUGUCUCUGACGUCUUGAACAUGACCGGAGGCUCGUUUCACUGAUCUUUCACCGUAUUACCCCUUCGCCAAACUGUAGAUUCCGCACUUGUUUUUCAGUUGCCCCCAGACAGGCAGUCUACUGAUGGAACUCCGUUCCCACAAGGCAAUCUUGACGUGUGUGUCUUAAUUACAAUCCAGAAGCGCAACAGAAAAUGAUGGUUAAAAAUGUCAAUAAAGAUGCCGACUACGCAGGCUGAAACGACUGAAAAAAGUGUUGCUUCUCGUCUGUUUUAUUAUUCACUUAUUCAUUUCAUAUCCCGAAUUUUCACCCUCAUUCACCAAUUUGUCCGUAUAUAUAAUUAAUGCAUAUGACCCCUGGACGAACAAGCAGGCCCAUGAUAAGGGAAUCCCCCUUAAUGUAUGAUGUUGGCACACCCUUUCACCCACUGCGAUGAUAUGACGAGGCGGUAAGAAAACGAUCAGAGAUUUGACUCGACUUAUUCCACCAGCUACAGUAGAUUAAGAUGGGUUGUUUUCAGCUCUUUUCUUGUCUUACUAGAGUGGAUUGAGACUCUAAAAGCCACCAAACCGGUGCUUCUUCUCUGUAUGUGAGCCGGGGACCUGUGCAUGUCAUAUAUCAAGUGUCUUUUUGUAUUUAUUUAAUUUAAUUAGUGACAAACCAAGCAUGUUUCAGUGCUUUGUAUUCACAACUCAUUAAAUUUGGUUUUAAGCAGAAGGAGACGGAGUCUCUGACUUGUUUAAUCAUACGAGCUCACAGGAGUGGGGUGCCGUUUAUAUUUAUUAAAUUAACUGGUCGUGUUUUUACACUCGGGCGGCACGGUGGCACAAGAUCUCAAUGAGAUGAUGACCCCAGAACAGAAUCUGACCAUCUUGUGAAGCCAAAUCCUAUAUUUUAUAUUUAAUCAGCCCUCCGUUUUCAGAAUCUGCUGGAAGGGAGCAGAAGCAAAUGCAUGAAAUGUUUUUCGACAUUGGCAAUAGUUAGUCCGUCUUGAAUACCAGUCCACCAUUGGCAUAGUAAUAAUCACACCCACACUAGACUAUUCACACGUGGUUUCUCUUGGCACUGUGGUGUUGAAAACUGACACAAGCACAGAAAAGACAUGGCAACUUCAUGAGGGAAUUCAAAAGUUACAGUGAAGUAGAAGAUGCCCUAAAAUAGCGCUGGGUGAAAACCCAAUUUAUCAAUUAAUUAGAAUUUUUUGUUUUGGACAAUGUGUAAAAUGAAAAUCGUGAUGCACUAUCCAUCCCAUCCAUUUCCCAACCCGCUGAAUCCGAACACAGGGUCAUGGGGGUCUGCUGGAGCCAAUUCCAGCCAACACAGGGCACAUGGCAGGAACCAAUCCCGGGCAGGGUGCCAACCCACCUCAGGUGAUAUAGUGAAGUAGAAGAUGCCCUAAAAUAGAGCUGGGUGAUAACCCAAUUUAUCGAUUAAUAGAAUUUUUGUUGUUUUGGACGAUGUGUAAAAUGAAAAUCGUGAUUCACUAUCAACUGGCUAAAUAACACAGAGUGUUGGAAGUUCACAAAAAUAAUUUUUAUAGCUUAUGCAUAAGUUUUUUAUUUUACUUAAGGGCCUGUGUAAAGUCUCACCAGUGCUGGUGCCCCGCCCGCAUGGCUUUUGCUGGGAUUGGCUUCCACUACCCACAACUAACUAGGAAAAAGACGUAUGGAUGGGCUCCGUAAACGACAGCACGCCCACUCGCCGCCCCCUUCCAACACCAACAGGCAGUAGCAAGAUGGCAGCUCAUUCAUCGAGUCGAAAAAUUCCAGCAUGUCAUCGGUCACUUGGUCGUGGUUUGGAUAUGGAAAGUCCGAUGUUGGCAUAAACCUCGGGCCGCUGUGAAGAUUGUGGGCACUUAUAAGGAGGCAGCACAUCAAACUUAACUUCAGCAUCUCGGACAGAGGGUGGCAGGUGUGUGAAGCUCUGCGAGACAAACAAGAAGGUAACAAUGGGGGAACGUUCUUUUCAUGUCGCAUUCCAUACUACAAUAAGAAUGGACCCCACCCCCAAAUGUGGUAACGUUUUAUAUUGCUAAAGAUUUGGUGCCCAUGUAUAUAGUGGGGGAAAAAAAGGGUUAAUUCAGAUGAUAAAGAAAAUCUCUCUCCAUCCCUGCUACAAGUACCCCCAUCAGAGAGGGUCUUCAGUGUGUUUUCUUUGCAAAAAAACUUGUAAUAAAAAAACGACUUAAGGACGUAAAACACCCUUCAUGUGUUAUCUGUUUGCAACUUGCAAGUGUGUGUUGUUUGAAAAGUCUUCAGGUAUACAAGACGUUUUACUUCCUUACUUUUCUCAAAUGUGUUAACUUUGGAUUUGCACUUCAUUGUUCCUCCAGGAGAGCUUCAUGGUUUGUGAACUAACUACUUGUUGCGAGUAGUCACUAAGCAGCACCUGGGAACAAAUCCAGCUCUAAAACCUCUUCAAGAGAUGUGUGUGCUGUUCUUCUGUGUGUUGAUAUUGUUAAAAUAAAAGUUAUUUGAAUAA